UGUUCAAGGGGGUAUAUAUUUCUCACAUUUCCUUUGUCUAUUGAUUGUUAUUCAUUCGCAACAAGCAAACACUUCAGUCUCAAGUCAAUUGCUUCUCUAUCCAACACUUUCAAAGCUUUCGCAAGAUUUGUUACUUCUCAAGCUUUUUACAAUCAAGCAGUCUUGUUAUCAAUUCAUACCUUCAAGAUGACUCUCACGUAUCGAAAUGAUGUCUCUAUUGCAGAGCUUGUCUUUUAUAUCCCGAGUCUCUUCGUCGCUAUCUACCUCGCAAUCACGCAUGGGUUCCGCCGCAACUCAGGAUGGAUUUAUCUUAUCCUUUUCUGUCUUGCCCGAAUCAUCGGUCCUAUCAUGCAACUAGCUACAAUCAAAAACCCCGACAGCGUCAGUCUCUAUACCGGCUCCGCAAUCCUCAACAGCAUCGGAAUUUCUCCCCUCGAAAUCGCUACACUGGGUUUCCUCAGUCGCCUCCUCGACAGCAUCCACAAAUCAUACAACACAUUCCUCCACCCACGCAUGUUGCAGCUCGUUCAACUCAUCAUCGUCAUCGGUCUCAUUCUCGGUAUUGUCGGUGGCAUUGACGCUGGCAACAACUUUCAAUCAACAGGACAAUACCACCCAGGUACUCUCAACAAGGCCGGAACCAGUCUGCUGAUCGUCUCAUACGUCGCAAUCGUUAUCUUCACUAUCCUGAUUGCUUUCUUCGUCAAGCAUGCUGAAGCAGGCGAGCGCCGUCUCUUCGUCGCCGUCGCAAUCGCGCUCCCUUUCCUCCUCGUCCGCAUCGUCUACUCGGGUCUCAGCACCUUCUCCAGAAAUUCCCGCUACAACAUCCUCACUGGCAACACCACCAUCUUCCUCUGCGUGGCUCUCAUCGAGGAAGCAAUUAUCGUGUUUAUCUUUGAGGUCAUGGGUGUGACAUUGAAGAAACAGGUUAAGGAACAACAUGUUGAGGCUCAGGCUGCGAGACAGGUCGAUAGCUCGAAUAGCGCUCAACCUAUGCAACCGAAGAAGGAGCAUAUGGCGUUGAGUAUUGCGAAGAAGACGAUCAUUGGCAGGAUCGUGAUGGCUAUCAUUGGGAGCGGGAAGAAGGAGGAGAGGAAUACCGAGAUGCAGCAACCUGCUCGUUAAUAGUGUCCUGGGGAGGGGACGGAUAAUAGGGAAGUGUAUGAAUAGUAGGAUGUGAUUGGCAUUAGCAUUGGCGCUUGGAGGAGCGUAUACUUGAGUUUCAUUUGUAUAUUUUUUAUAGAC